AGAUAUCGAUGAGUGCGAUCGUGACAUGCAUGAAUGUGAUGGCAACGCAACAUGUACAAAUACAAGAGGAGGUUACAACUGUACCUGUUAUAACGGUUUCAGUGGCAAUGGAUAUGUUUGUGAAGGUGAAUUAGUUGUCCUUUUAAAAUUGAUUACAAAUAAUCAAAUUUACUAAUUAUUUUCCUGAUAUUGUUCGUUUUAGCCUGAAAUGUUUUUAGAGAUGAUAGAGUAAUGAUGAAUCUUUUAUCAUUCUUUAUGACGUUUAAUUCCACGUUUCAUGCCAUGCGAAGAGUUCUCAAUUUCCGAACGAUUACGAUUACGUCCAUACACGUAGUUAUAAUAAUUGUAUAAGUGAUAAAUGGGGACGGAAAGUACAGCGGAUAGAUAACAAUGGUUGCGGUCAUGCAUAAUUAGCGAAUUGUGGAAAUGAAACAGAAUAUUUUAUCUUUGGGACUUCUUUUUUAUACCCACUAAAGUGACUACACGCAGACGAGCGUUAGGUGUCCUUCCACUUAUAUCUCUGGUAGUAAUUUAGAAAUCCAAAAGUUUCUGUUUCCAAUAUUGUUUUUAUGUUUUCUACCGCAGAGAUUGACGAGUGUGAUGGUGAAAAUGACUGUCAUGAAAAUGCCAAUUGUACAAACACUGUUGGAUCUUACAACUGCUCCUGUAAUGAUGGAUUCGAAGGCAAUGGUACACACUGCCAAGGUAUAGCAGAGUAUAUAUCGUUACAUACUCCCGGAGGUUGUGCGUUCACUGUGGCUUGUUUGUUUGUUUUUUUGUUUGCUUUUUUGUUUGUUUGCUUUUUUGUUUGCUUUUUUGUUUGUUUGUUUGUUUGUUUGUUUGUUUGUUUGUUUGUUUGUUUGUUUGUUUGUUUGUUUGUUUGUUUGUUUUUCGCGCAUUUCGGCAAUUUUGUUGCUGCUAUUACAGUUCAGUAAUUUAGCUCAUUUUAAGGCCAACGUUGGAAAAAAAUAGUAAAAAGCUAAAAAUUGUAAGAUGCAGUAAUUUAACUAUCCUGAACAAUAUACUAAAAGUUCCCAUGUAUCCUCUUGCAGCUUUUCCAAUUAUGACAAGGUUUUUUCGAUUUCCCUAUUACUCCCAUAUUGUUAAAAAACGUGAAAUUUCAAGUUCACUCAUAACAAAAAUGACACGCAUCACUAGAAAGCUCAUAAAAACUACAUAUAAGACAUUUAAACAGUCACCUAAAUUUUUCAAGCGGUUUUCGAGUUAUUGCUGUUCCAAAUGUGAAAAAUAGGCCAAAAUCUGGCAAAAUCCUGGGUACUAGUCUGACAACACGUUUCCAACAGCUCAUAACUCAAGAAGAACUUGCAAAAUCAAGGUAGCCGUUUAAAUGUCUUAUAUGUAGUUUUUUGUAAGUUUUCUAAUGAUGUAACUUAUUUUUCCUAUAAAUGAACAAUCUGAAAUUUCACUUUCUUAACAAUAUAGGAGUUCACUAGGGAAACCGAACAAAAAACUUGUUAUAAUGGAGAAAGCUCCAAGAGGAUACAUGAGGACUUAAUAUGUUAUCAAGGUUGCUGAAGAGAGUGCAUACGCUAAUUUUUUCUGUCCUAUUUUCUAUUUUGAUUGAACCAUUAUUUUACCAUAAUCAAUUGUCACAUUUAUAAUGAUUGAUGAAAUCACUAUCUGGGCAUAGGUUGCGCAAUAGUUCUCGUUCUCGUACACUGUACCUACCUAGACAUCAGUUAUUUAUCUAGUAGCCUGACCCGUUUCAAACAUAUAGAGUUAUUUAUAGGUCACAAUUGUCUUACUCAUUUUUUCAGCUAAACAGUACUGCAAGCAUGUAAUGUAAUGUAAUGUAAUGUAAUGUAAUGUAAUGUGAUGUAAUGUAAUGUAACGUAACGUAACGUAACGUAACGUACUUAAGGGAUUUAUAGAGAUGGAAAUUUCGAAUGUAAUUUUUAGACAUUUACUGGACUUGCGCGCAUGCAGAAGCAGUUGGAAAAAAUGCAACUGUAGUCCUGCAGGUUAGUUUCCUGCUAGAGGGAAUUCUGCCACCCUGGACUCUUUCAGCGCAUGAUUCACGAUAAUAUUCGUAAAUUGUUCAGUUAUAAUCUUUCUUGCACAGGGCGUUAGCUACAGUAAAAAAAAUCGGCGUUAUACGCCAUCUUCCCCGUUUGGUUUAGGUAGCAAUUUCACAUUUAAAUUAGCCAAAACUAACAUACAGUGUAUAACUAUUACGAAAAAGACUUUAAAAUGUAACAUUUAGGCAAUACUAUGUUAGUUGACUUCCACUUCAAAGGUUUCAAUUUGGCUCAGCUAAUCAACACCUUGCCCCAGGCCACGAGAAUGCCACUUAAGAGAUGUGACAUAUUUGAGGGUUCUGCCUUAUUUGCGCAAUACAUGAGGUUUCUAAUUGGCUGAUUGAAAAAUUAUUUUCCUUCGUACCAACUAGUAAAAAUAGUAAAUAUCUAUAAUGGUAAAAAGGCAUCAGAAUUGUACUUAUGCUACUUCUGAAUAUACCGUUCAUUUAGAUAUUGAUGAGUGUGUUUCCGGAAACAAUAAUUGCCAUGGUAAUGCGAAUUGUACCAAUACAAUUGGUUCCUACACAUGUGAAUGUAAGGAAGGUUUCACCGGUAAUGGCUUAGAUUGUGAAGGUAGGAGAAAAACUGAUUUUUUUUACUUCAUUCUGAAGGCAUACAAGACAUCUUGGUUUCACAGUGAUGGCUAUGAGUCAUUUUACAGAACCUGAGAUCUGUCGUAUCGUAUAAAUGAGUUUUAGCGCUCUAUUUGAUAAACCUUCUUUUCCCGGUUCUUGUUUUGCUGGUUAUUGUAUGCACUUCGCUGGGACGGUAGCUUGACCUAAUUUACUCUAGCUAUAUCAGCCGCUCCAGUGUAACUUUAUUUUAUUUUUCUCGCUCUGCAAUCUUAUAAUUCUCGAUACAUACAUACAUAUAUACAUACAAAACUUUAUUUAAACCACGCUAGCCUCAACAGCCGUUGGAAGGCUGGUUUCCAUGAGAGGCGUGAAAUUACCUAUUUACAAGAAAUUGACUAAAUACAAGAAAUACAAAAUAUAACAAAAAAAAUACAAGUGAUUUUAGCUGCACGAUUACACACAAGCAAAUUUCAACUCAUUCUUUGUUUCAAUAUCGAUUUGAAAGAGCUUAAGGAUUCAGCAAUUUUUGCGUCAUGGGGAAGAUUAUUCCAAUGCAAGGCACCAUUAUAACUGAAGCACCUCUUGCCGAAUUCUUUUUUCGGCAUAGGUGGUGCUAAAUCAAUAUCCCUAUUUCUAAGAUUGUAAGUAUUAUGUCUAGAUACAUUGUACACAUGUGCUUUUCUCAUUGGAGAAUUUCAAUUUGAAUUAUAAUUGAGUGCAUCCGCCAUGCAUAAAUGAAGCCUGCAAUGCCAACCAUGUUGGUGUGAUCACUGGUAUUGCUGACAUGUUAGAAGAGGUUCUGACAUGCAGUUUCUUGUUAUUCUGGGGAAAGGAUACAGAUUGUCUAGAUAGAAAUUGGUGAUCAGUAACCUGCCUUGUGUCUUAUAAUUGCUAGGGUCGGUUGUUCAAAGCUGGGUUAACGCUAACCCUGGGUUGUACUUUUAACAACUACUAAAACAUAAAUAAACCAAUUUCGUGGGUACCAGUCCUAUAUUCUAAAGUUUUCAGAUAAGCUUGUUCUAUCGGCGAAAUUUCUGAGUGAGGUUGUACUUUUAACAACUUCUAAAAUCAUAAAGAAACCAAUUUCUUGGGUACCAGUCCUAGUUUUCUGUUCAGUAACCUUACAGUACACAUUUAUAUCCGAAUAUAUUUAUUGUAUAAAUAUAUAUUUAAUUUAGAUGAAUUCCGAGAACUCGUUCUUGCGAUGGUAAUACGACUUGGUACUUGGUGAUAUCUUAAUAUUUAUAUAUCUUAUAUUAAUUUUAGAUAUUGACGAAUGUGCUGAUGCAUCACAUAAUUGCCAUGACAAUGCGAACUGUACUAACACAACUGGCUCUUUUACCUGUGUGUGCCGUGAAGGUUUCAGCGGAGAUGGCGUAAAUUGCGAAGGUAUGAGAAAUACUUAAUGACAGUCUUUUUUUGCAUUCAUUGGUAUAAAUAUUCAGAAGAUAUGAAAUGUUGUUUUAAAUAUUUAGUGCAUGUUUCGUGCGUGGCAGGGCGCAUCGAUUGAUUGAUUGAUUUUGGCUGUCAUCUGUAUUUAAACACGAAGUCCAUUCACAACAAAAAUUUGUGCUUAACUUGUGACGCUCCUUGAAACUCAAGAUAUGAGUCAAAACAAGACGAGAAUGAGUUUGUGAUGUUUCGAUAUUAUUUCGAAAAGCAUCGUCAGACUAAUUCUGCUGAUGAUUACGGUAACAUAGUUAACUAUAUAUAUUACUCGCUGUUUAUAUAUGUUAUUUAUACUGUGCAAAUGUUCCUGUGCUGUUUUGUUCUUGUUAAACCAGGUCGUCAACGUAGUUGGCCUACGUUGUGUUGACGUUUCUGUGCCGUUUUGUACUAAAUAUAAAUAAUAUAAAUAUAAAUAAUAAAUAAAUACUUGCUACGAGUUGUUUCAACAAGUCUAAUCCAGACUGUUUGUAACAAGUUGCUAUCAACUUGUUAACAACUUUUCACGUGCCGACGAUAUCAGACUUUUUGGAACAACUUGUUUCGAUUCUGUUGGCGACGCCACUAUUCCUACAAGAUGAUAACAUUUUGAUCCUACAACUGAGGUCAAACAGUACGGAUACAAUUUCUUGACAAACAUUUUUUACACCUGUAGCCGGAUUGAAGCUUUGGAUAGCAUAACCGUCUUCCUUGACAGUCAGUCUGGUUAUUUUGUCGUUGUAUUCCAUUUGUCAGAGAUGGUCAAUACAUGCCUUCUUGGAAGAACGACAACUGAUAUAAAAUCAUCUAGCACAAGUCAAGUGUAGUUACUGUCAACAACUCUAUAAUGAAAACAGAAAAAAAUAUAUUUAAUGGUAAAAAUUAUUAUAGGCUUCUAAUUAUGUUACUUAUGAAUAUUUCCUCGUUUAGAUAUUGAUGAAUGCGCUUUGGAAAGCGAUGAUUGUCAUGAUAAUGCGAAUUGUACUAAUACAAAUAGUUCCUACACGUGUCAAUGUAAGGAAGGUUUCACUGGAAAUGGCGUAGUUUGUGAAGGUAGGAUAAAAACUGAUUUUCUUUUUCAAUAUCCAUUCCGAAGAUGUACGAAAUACAGUGUACUAUGUACAUCUUUGAAACAUUGUACAGAACCUCAGGUGAACCAUUAAUUGCAGGACCUUUAUCUUUGUCAGAUUUUUCCCUCUGCCUUUUCAAAUUUCAAAGGACUCUAAACUAUCUAUAUAUCUAUCGAUUUAGUGGAAAACAUUUUUCAGCACAGGUAUUACUACGUCGUUUCCCGGUCAUGGCCAAGCCUUUCUCAUAUAAAUGAGUUUUAGUGUCCAAUGUGAUGAUGCAUACGAUUAUAUCGACUUCAUGCAUGCCGACAGUUCUCUGAAAGAAUCAUUUUCAUUCGGGGAAGUACUACUCGAAGACAAAUAAUAUCAAUGAUGAUGACAGUAUAUGGCCAGUUUCCCGAGUUGAAAUCAAUUUUCUUGAAAUAUUGCAAACCUGUAGAAAAUAUUUCAGUCGUGCAUGGCAAUCAGAUAAAUUUCGAUUGCCACCCCAUAAAAUACCCAACACGUUAUUUUGUACACUGUACAUGCAUCUUAGCAGCUUUGAAUUUGUUACCAAAAGUUCCGAUAUUUAUUUGAAAAACGUUCAUCAACAUUCUUUUUCCUCAAUUUUCUAUUGUUUUUUUAUCUGCAUGAUUGGGACAGAGUCGUGGUAUAACUCACAUGCUGUUUUUACAUUUGGGAAUUUUAAGCGGAUCUUAAAUAUAUAGUAAUAGUUUAAUUAAAUGUGCUUGAUAUACCAUGGGGUGGUUAGCGAAGUUAAAAUGGCCGAAAAGUGUGAAGAAUAUCCAAAAAAUUGGUUUCUCCAUUUUUAUAUUUUCGCUUACGACCUUCCUCUCGGAAAAUCCGGCGAUAGACUACUAUUGAUAUUGUUUCUUAUGAAUUUAUGAAAUAUAUCUUAUAUUAAUUUUAGAUAUUGACGAAUGUGCUGAUGCAUCCUCACAUAAUUGCGAUGACAAUGCAAACUGUACUAAUACCACUGGUUCUUUUACAUGUGUGUGUCGUGAAGGUUUCAGCGGCGAUGGCGUAAAUUGCCAAAGUAUGAGAAAUAUCUUUAUUAACUUUAUCUAUGAAAUGUUGAUAAGAAAUGGAAUUUUAGUGCAUGACAUGUAUACUUUUUGCAGUAGAGCGCUUUUAAUCAGGCUAACAUUUUCAGUAUUUCUUUAUUUAUUUACACCAAAAUAACAGAAUACUGAUUGACUGGGGGAGUAGGAUUGUUUCCUUGGUUUGAUUAAUUUAUAAUGCACGUAAAUAUGUUUUAUCCAACAAACUACUUCUUGCUUUAAAUUGCAAAUCGAAAUCGCUUUAUAGCAGUUUAUAAUAUAAGUGGGAUAUAACAGAUAAUUUGAUUGGCUAAUGCGCGUACAUUUUGACGUAUAAUAAUGCAAUGUUCCGUGGCACUGCCUUGCUCUUUCUGUGUUUUCCCCUCUUUAUCUCUGCUUUUUAGCCCAAAAUAUAAACAAACCUAUAGCUAGAGCUUUUAAAAUGCGAAAUUUAUCAGAAAGCAAGAAGGAAUUGACCAAAGAAACAAAGCAAUUUUAUCUAUAUAUAGUUCUAUGUGUGAAAACAGUAAAAUUAACCGGCUUGGUAUUCGUCAAUUUUCUUCUCUCUCGACAAGUUUUGGGCAAUUAAAAGCGUGCAAAAUAGCCGAGGAAAAACUUGAAAAAGACAUAGGAAUGACAAAAAUAUAGAAAAAGGAAAAAAAAACUGAACAUAAGUGAUUUAGAAAAGUACCUUCAAUGCUUACCCUACGACUUAACGUCUUUCAUGGCAAAUCCAACAGCGCAAAGGCUGAAAAACAUUAGCAAAUUAGUGUGUGUACCACUGGAGUUUUUUCUCCCUCAUUUUAGUUUCUCCGCAACAUUAGCAUCAAAAUGAUAUUAAAAUUUUAUAUUGAUUUUACUCCUUUGCUCGCUUAAAAAUUCAAACGUCAGUACAAGGCUAAAAGCAUGCGCGUGAUGUCACUGAGUACAUGUUAGGCGAAUUUCAAAGUUGAUCUUUUGAGUAAACUUGGUUAUACCAUGUAAUAUUUUCCACUGAUAUUAUAAAAGAAAUAAAACUCGUCUCAUGCUUUUAUGGUGUGAUAAUUCACUCGGGGAAUGUUGGGAGAAUACUCGAGAAGCGUGUAAAACACUCGGCUACGCCUCGAGUUAUGCUGAAUGUUUUUCCUAUAUGUGUUACCUAUAAAGCUCGCAAAGAACUUGAGCUGUAAGCUGAGCGAAUAUUCAUAUUUAUGAAUUGUAAAGUUUCAUGUUAAAUAUUUAUGGCAAUGAAAGCAAUUAAUUAUUAUCAAAAUUGAUUUCCUUGCGAAGUAAAUACUUGAACCCAGACAUUUUCACGACAUUGGACUUGGUUGAUAGAACUCUAGCUGGUUACUUAUAAUUUACGGAAUCUCUUAUUUAGAUAUUGACGAGUGUUCGGGAAUUAAUGAUUGCCAUAGUGAUGCAAACUGUACUGAUACAAUGGGUUCCUAUACCUGUGAAUGUAAGCCAGGUUCCACCGGAAAUGGCAGAAGUUGUCAAGGUAGGGACAAGUUGAUUCUCUUCUUUAACAUUUGCAAAUGGUUGACUCAGAUAUGAAAUCUCGAAAGGUCGGUGCCGGCCGGUGUAGGUAGUGACGGAGAUGGCAUGCCUGAAAAAUAUCAGCAGAACGUCAACGUUUCGA